AUGUUGGCUCUUGCUCCGAAAACCCUAUCUACUUCUCCAUUUUCGCUGAGCCCCAUUGCUCAAGGUCUGUUCCAUGAUUCUUACUACUCCGCCUUCAAGCUCAAAUUUAACAGAAAAUACAUAUGCGAGUAUCAAAUUGAGAGGGGUCUGCAAUUUGAGACCGGCGAGGCCUUUUACCGGCACGAAAGCGCUACCGGACGAGACCUCGGUGUGCUCGCUGCUGCUCUCCACAAGAAGUCAAAUGGGAGUUUGCGUGCUCUUGACGCAUUGUGUGGCUGUGGAAUACGGUCGCUUCGGUACCUCGAAGAAGCCGAAGCGGAUUUUGUUGUGGCAAACGACGGAAAUGACAAUUAUAGAAGCACUAUUUUGGAGAACUUGUCAAGGGCAAAGAACGGUUCAGAGAAUGAACGGAGAUGGGAAAUUACCCAUUUAGAAGCUAAUCGUGUGAUGGCAGAUUACUAUUUGCAGAAGAAGUUUUUUGACUUCAUUGACGUCGAUUCAUUUGGCAGUGACUCUUCUUUCUUGCGGUCUGCUAUGAUCUCUUUGAAACUGGGCGGGCUGCUCUAUGUCACGUCAACCGAUGGCUACUCGUCUGGUGGUCACCGUCCUCAUCAUUCUUUAGCUGCAUAUGGAGCUUAUGUGCGCCCUAUGCCAUAUUCGAAUGAGGUUGGUUUACGAAUGCUUAUAGGUGGGGCUGCAAGGGAGGCUGCAGUGUUGGGUUAUCACAUCACACCUUUAUUUUCGUACUAUGCUUAUCAUGGACCUGUUUUCCGAGUCUUGCUGAGAUUAAAUCGUGGGAAGCUUCAUGACAAUAGACAUUAUGGUUUUAUUGGCUACUGCCACCAGUGCGGAAAUUCCAAAGAAUUUUCAUGGGCUGAACUUGGUCGGAUCAGUUGCUCCUGCAGUAAUUCAAAGGUUUCUACCUCCCUUGUGGUUUCAGGACCACUUUGGACAGGACCUCUUCAUGAUGCUGCAUAUCUUAUGGACAUGUUAAAUCUUGCCAAGCGUUGGGGAUGGGUUGACGGUACAGACAAUCUUGGAAAACUUAUUAAACUGAUGAUGGAUGAAAGUGACCCCAAGUUGCCAUUUGGAUACAUCAAGUUGGAUGAGAUGGCAAGUCGUGCAAAAAUGAAUUCUCCUCCUCUGAGGACCUUGAUAAGCGCCAUCCAUAAGAAGGGGUAUGCUGCCAGCCGGUCUCACAUAGCCACCAAUGCGAUCAAGACGAAUUGUCCUAUGACUGAAUGCAUUAGUAUUGCCAAGGAACUAUUACUGGUUUGAACUGCUGAAUAAUUUGAG